AUGAUUAGCCCUGAUCAUAAGCACUCCAUAGACAGCGAGGCACUCUGGGCCCAAAUCAGGGCUCCUGAGUUCAUGCCGGAGGAUCCAGAAGCGUUCGUUGCACUUCUGGAAUCGCGAUUUCAUGAAGCUCGCAUCACCGGGCAACUGUCCCGAUAUCAUAAGCUAUUGUCCGACAUCCCGCGCGACCAGCUUAUCAACUUCCGGGAUAUUUACAUGAAUAUCCCUGCGCAUAACCCGUACGACGUGCUCAAAGAAGCACUCCUUCGUCGUAUGGCAGUUUCCGAAGAUAAAACCAUCCAGCUCCUCCUGUCAGGGAUCCAAUUGGGAAACCUCAAGCCGUCCCAGUUGCUGCGUCAAAUGCGUGCGUUAGUCGGCACCACCACACUCGACGACUCCGUACUACGCCAGAUUUGGCUUCAACGGCUUCCGCCAUACGUCCAGAGUAUUCUGAAUGUUUUCGCACACUUCCAUAGUCUAGACGAACUGGAUGAGGCUGCUGACCGAGCAAUGGAGCCGGCUCAACGUUUCCAGCCAUCUUUGGCGAAUAUCGGGAGCCCUGAGCCAAACUUCGUUCAUCAGUCGCUCCCCAACCCUACUCCCGUCGAAUCCGGUCCAACAACCGGCACAGGCAAACCCCAUCCAGAGGCGGCCUGUGGUAUUAUCACAGACGUUUUGGAAAUCAAUCUAGGAAGGAAGAUAACCUAG